AUGGCAUCCGUUGACGAGCAAACGGCUUUGCUGAGCCUGAAUGACAUCCGGCCAACCCACGACCAUGUUCCAGCUUCAGUUGCUCGUCGGCUAUAUGUGUCACACUUCCUGUCGACCUGGAACUCGAGGGUCUUCGAAUUUGGUGCGGUGCUUUACCUAGCAGCUGUUUUCCCCGGAACCUUGCUACCAAUGUCCCUUUAUGCUCUUAUCCGCGGUUUGUCUGCAAUUAUCUUUGCUCCAGCAGUUGGGUGGUACAUUGACACGGGAAACCGACUCCAAGUCGUUCGCGUCUCUAUUGUUUUCCAGAGGAUUGUAGUUGCGGCAUCUUGUGCCGUCUUUUAUGUGUUAGCAGCUGAUAUACCACUCACUCCUGGUGUAAGAGCAGGGCUACUGGCAGUUGUCACAUUCUUCGCCUGCGUGGAGAAAUUAUGCUCGAUAUUAAAUCUAGUCUCUGUUGAGAAGGAUUGGGUCGUGGUUGUAUCAGAAAGGAACCCAGACGCCCUCCAAGUGAUGAAUGCUCAGAUGCGGCGGAUUGAUCUGCUCUGCAAGUUGUUUGGACCACUAUUUAUUGCCAUGAUAGACGCCCAAUCCUCUCAGGUGGCCAUGAUUGUUAAUUUUGCUAUGAAUGCGGCAACUCUCCCCAUCGAGUACUUUACCAUAGCUCGAGUCUACUUUGACAUUCCGGAGCUACAAAGAGCUAAGAUGCCAUUGCAGCGAGGCACUACACCACAAACAGAGUCAUUUAACACUACAAAGACCUUGAACAGUGUGAUAUGGCAGCCGCUGGUUGCCAUGAUCAGGAAGUCUGUACAAGAUUUCUCAUUGUACUUCAAGCAUCAGGCAUUCCUCCCCUCUAUUGCGGGCGCGGUUCUAUAUUUUACGGUUCUCAGUUUUGGGGGCCAGAUGAUUACAUAUCUCCUCUCUUCAGGUUAUUCCUCCAUGCAGAUCGGCAUUGCUAGGACACUUGGUGUGGUAUUUGAGGUCUUGUCCACAUGGGCGGCACCUUGGCUGAUGGGACGAAUUGGGCCGGUAAGAGCGGGUCUCUGGAUGAGUAGUUGGCAAGUUGUUAUGCUAGUUGUGGGAGUAUGUAUAUUUUGGGCAUUCGAUGGAAAGGACUCGCUCAUCUCUACGAGUGGGCUUGUUGGGGGCACGGUGUUGAGUCGUUUGGGGCUGCGAGGGUUUGACCUGUGCGUCCAGCUCAUUGUCCAAGAGGAAGUUGAAGCCGAAAACCGCGGCGUCUUCUCUUCCGUCGAGGCCGCGUGGCAGAAUGCCUUUGAGCUUCUCGCCUUUGCGUCGACGAUUGUCUUUUCCCGCCCCGAAGAAUUCAAGUGGCCGUCGCUCAUCUCGACCUUGGCCGUUGCCUCGGCCAGUAGUGCUUAUGCAACGUUUGUGUACCUGCGUAGAGGCCAUCUGUUACACCUCGAGGCACUAACAAGCUUCCUGUUCACCGAGAAGAAGAGACAGCGUGUGGAUCGAAUCACAUCUAGACCAGAGAUAUAA